AGGCAAACUUUAUAAAGGCAAACCACUACAUUUAACUACUCAAUCAAUUAGUUAUUAAAUAUAUUAAAAUGUCAUACUCAGAAAUACCCAAUCAACCACCAGCAUACAGUGAUGUAGGUGUCACUGGAGAGCUGAGUCAACCAAGAACCUUUGGUGACAAUAUCCCGGAUGAUUUCAAGUACUCUGUUGAUGUUGCCUCUUGUGAAUUACCCAUUCGUCAAUUAUUUAUCAGAAAGGUCUAUCUGUUAUUGACCCUUCAAUUAAUGGCCACCGUUGUGGUUGGAUUUAUCAUCCGUUCAUCGGAUGGAAUCAAGCUUUGGUCUCUUGAAAACACCUGGUUGCUUUUCGUGUCCAUGUUGGGUGCCAUUGGAUGCAUGAUUGGUGCAUUCAUCAAGGCCAGAUCAUAUCCUAUUAAUUUAAUCUUGUUGGGAUGUUUUACUGUGUUUGAAGCUUAUGGAAUUGGUGUUGUCUGUGCAUUUGUCGAAAGUGAAGUUUUGAUUCAAGCAUUGCUCUUAACUUUGGUUAUCUUUGUUGGAUUAACUUUGUUUGCAUUCCAAACCAAGUACGAUUUUACUAGUUGGCAAGGUGCAGUAGGAAUGGUAUUAUGGGGUUUGAUUGCUUGGGGUUUCAUUAUGAUGUUCUUCCCCGGACAAACCGGUAUGAUGGAGAAGGUGUAUUGUUUUAUUGGUGCGGCUGUAUUUUGUGUUUAUAUUGUCAUUGAUACCCAAAAUAUUAUGAAGACUGCUCAUUUAGAUGAUGAAGUCAUCAGUACAAUUAAGUUAUAUUUGGAUAUCCUCAAUUUGUUUUUGUUUAUUUUGAGAAUAUUGAAUAAUGAAAGAGAUUAAUGCGAGAGUUGGAAGAUAUUUCAAUGAAAUUUAGGUCGUGUUUAAUCUACUUUUCUUUUAUCUUUGCUAGAGAGAGGUGAUUGUUUUUUUUUAUAUAUUACUUUUGGAUAUAGAAAUGCAAAAGCACCAAAAGGCAAUUACAUUAUUUAUUCUUUUGAUUUGUUUGUUUGACUUGCUGAUUUCCUAUUUUAAUUUUAAUACAGGGUACAGAAGGCUAUAUAUUGACACUAUUUACCGAACGUUGCUAUGAAAGGAGCCAGGGCUAAGAAAAAAAAAAAGAAAAAUGGGUGCAAGAAACUAUAAGCUGGUGAGGAGAGCAAAAAAAAAAAAAUAAAUUAGGGACACUGCGGCCAAGGGUGGCGCAGAAAAAAAAAAUUUUGUUAAGAAAAUUAUUGCAACCCUCCUUGAUGUUGGUAAAUGUAUGCUUAUGCCCAGCCGGAUAUAUUUUAUUUAGGAAGCGGAGCAUAAUAUAUAAAUAACUCGAUGUUUGAAUUAGUAAAAGUGAAUGAAUUGACAUAUUCUGAAUAGUGAACAAUGUCGGUUGCGAGCACAUGAGUAAAAAUUGUAUGGCUUACU